GUAUUUAAUCACACACUGAAUAGAAGAAAGCAGUUCAGCAUCCUUAGUUCUAGUUUUAGCAUGGAAAAACAUGGUGAGGAAGAAGAGUUUGUUGGUUUCAGCUACGAUGUGUUGAUUAAUUUUAGAGGUGAAGAUGCUGGGAACAAUUUUGUAGGACAUCUCCGUAGAGAGUUGGGUAGUGAGGGAAUAAACACAUUCAAUGAUGACAGAGAUAUGAGGAUAGGGAAAGGUCUUUCACUUGCUCUGUGUGAGGCCAUUGAAGAAUCUAAUAUUUUCAUAGUUGUGUUUUCUGAGAACUAUGCAUCUUCCACAUGGUGUCUGGAUGAACUUGUUGAGAUCAUGGAACGCACCCACAAGAACAGUAAGCAAGUUGUUUACCCAGUGUUCUACCAUGUAGAUCCCUCAGAUAUACGGAAAAUCAGAAAUAGUUUCGAAAAACACAUGACGGCACACGAAAAUGAGAUUGGAAAAGAGUCGCAGAGAAUACAAGCUUGGAGGUCUGCUUUGUUUGAAGCAGCUAGCUUGCCAGGGAUGCAUAUUCCCACCGGGUAUGUACAUCAACAAUUUCAUUACAAAAUCAUUCAGUCUUAUUUCUAUCUCAUCCUAAAUUUUGAAAGCUAACUAACUAAUUAACUUGACUGUAUAAUAUAAUGUUUUUA